AUUCAGGCCUAGUUGUUGAUAAAACCGUAAAAUUCAUUGCAGAAAGUAGUAAGGCUUGUUUCUUCAAACAGAGUUUCCAAAAUGGGUGCACUGAAUAGCAAGACAUUUGCAGACAUGAUUGAAGAAACUGAUUCUACAUCUUCGCCUGAACAAGCCCGCAAGAUCCUAGACCAUGACCCCAGAUCACCCACUUGUCUCUUCAGUAGGACACCUAUCCAAGUUGAGAAAACACCAGUCUCUGAAGAUCCUAGAUCCCCUUCUUUAGGAAUCAUGAGAACACCAUUAGCACCUAACACAGAGGCAUUUGAUCCAAGAUCACCAUCAGUUGAGUUUGCCAGGACCCCACUUAGUGUGGAUAAGAUGCUUGAUGAUCCGCGAUCUCCAAAUGAAGAGAUAGUCAGGACACCUCUUGUGGAGAAAUUCACUUAUCUUAAUGACACAUUGUCACCAGUCAAGUUCGACAUAUCAUGCACAAAUGAUGACACAACACAUGAAUUGUCCAAAUCUCCAAGUCCAGUUGGCCCAAUAUCCACCUCACCUGUCACAAGUAGUACAAUGAAGAAGGCUGCAACUGCAGAGACUGAGCUGUUUACAGAGUCAUUUGAAACCAUGAACAGGUCCUUCUCAGAGCCUGAUCUAACCAAUGAUGACCAGUUUCUAAUCAAAGCUAAACCAGAGAAAAAAGCAUCAUCGGCAAAGAAAAGUCCUCUGUCCAGUUCAACUAAAUCCAACAAAGCAAAACCAAAAGUCUUGUUCAAAUCAGCUUCCACCCCCAGCAAAAUGAAGGAGAAGCUGCUCUGGUGUAAGGUUGCUGACAAAAUGAAGGACAAUACCAGGUCACCCCUUGGUUUGAGGAAUAUGGACAAUGCUUCACCAAGAAUGCUUGUACAACGAAAGCAAGUUAACAACUUGAAUAUGAGGAAACUUGGCAGUUUUGACUCUCCCAGUAAAUACGAGGCAUUUGGUGACAAAGAAAAUAUUGGGGCUCAGUGACUUGAACAGGUUAUGGAGACUUGAUACCCAGAACAUUGAGAACAAUCAUGGUGCUUUGAAACCUGGAGAGACCUAAUAAUCUGGGAGUGCAAGAGAGAAAUAUACAGUCACAGUGACUUUUAAUUAUCCCAAAGAACAUAGUUCACUAGGGAUAUAGUGAAGCCCUCCGUCCAUUAGUCCACCCAUUCCAAAAAUAACUCAUUUACUGGUGGAAGGAAUUGAUUCAAAUUAUAUCUUUGCUUGAUGUCUGCAUCUGAUCAAGUAGAAAUCUUGAAGAG